ACUGGUGCACACUACAGCUACCUUACUUCACCAACUGCCACGGCCGCGACCUUCCUCUUCCCUGUUUCGCACCGGCUCAUCCGCGCCAACGACCUUCUUUUAUUGCUUCUUUGUGUGCGCGAGUGCAUACGUGUGUCUGUGUAAGAUAACGAAGGUAGCACGUAGCGCAUUCAACACUGAGCGCACAUCUCCGAACUCUCCGUCCCUGCGCCACUGCGGCACACCUCUCCAGAGACUACCUACUCGAACCCUGGUAGCGGUUGGAUGAGACCCAGCACCUUCCCCCAUCACGCCUCAUGGCGGAAUCUGUCGUGAUGGCCGAAGAACGGCACGAAUGUGACCAUGGUCACGGCCACGGCCACCACGAUCACGAAAGCAGUCGCAAGUUGCAGCACCCCCCGAACAAGCACGCCGACAUGAACCUGUCCACCUUCCUCCACGAACACAUUCCCGCCUCCUACAACCCCCCCAUCGCUGACAGCAGUGCCUCGCACUCUCACAAAGACCACCACCACCACCACGAGCACGACGCGGAAGAACAGAGACCAAACACCAAAUUCUGCUACCGACACCACCCGGACAUCAAGUGCCGCCGUCAAGCAAACGAGACGUCCAUGGAGCAGUUGCAGGACGAGCUGUCCGGUCUGCCACAGAUGGACCAGCAAGUCAUCUCCCAAGUCUGGUCUUCCUUCUCUGCUGCGCCUGCCAAGCAUCGCAAACUCAUGCUGCAGGGCAUUCUCACCCAGUGCUGCUUUCCUCAGCUCUCCUUCAUCUCCGCCAACAUCCGCGAUCUCAUCAAGAUUGACUUCCUCUCGGCCCUUCCAGCUGAGCUAGGCUUUAAGAUCUUGUGCUACCUGGACACCACUUCGCUCUGCAAGGCCGCCCAGGUGAGCCAACGAUGGAGGACCUUGGCGGAUGACGACGUCGUGUGGCACAAGAUGUGUGAGCAGCACAUUGACAGAAAGUGCAACAAGUGUGGCUGGGGUCUGCCUCUGCUAGAGAGGAAAAGAUUGAGAAUCGAAAAGAGACAGAUACAGUUGAGGGCUACGGGUAGAGGACUGAAUCAGUGGUCACCCAACAUCACUCCCAUUCCCGAGGACUUCGAAUCACUGACCAUGGGUCCGCCGGAGAUGCUCGACGGAGAGGCGAGCAGCAGUCGUGGCUUGAAGCGCUCACGUGAAGGCGCUGCCAGUAUCUCACCGGAGCUUGCCAAACGACAUUGUUCCAUAUCGUCGCAAGAGAGUGUCCCCGUCGGUGUCGAAGGCAACGAUGCAUACUUUGCACCUCGCAAGCGACCUUGGAAAGAUGUGUACAAGGACCGCUUCAAGGUGAGCACCGCGUGGAAGAACGGACGAUGUACCACCAAGGUCUUCAAGGGCCACACCAAUGGAGUCAUGUGCCUGCAAUUUGAAGAUAAUGUCUUGAUCACGGGUUCAUACGACACGACUGUGAAGAUUUGGGACAUUGACACCGGAGAAGUCAUUCGAACUCUCACUGGCCACACCGCCGGCAUUCGCGCGCUGCAAUUCAGCGGAGACAGACUCGUCACCGGCAGUCUCGACUCGACCGUCAAGAUAUGGAACUGGAGGGAAGGAAAGCUGCUCAAGACAUGGCAAGCACAUGAUGCCGGAGUCAUCACUGUGAAUUUCACACAAAGAUACCAGGCUUCAGGGUCUCAGGAUAAGAAUAUCCGUGUCUGGGACUUGACCACUGGCCAAACAUUUUUGCUCCGAGGCCACCAGGAUUGGGUGAACAGCGUGAAGAUUGACGACGCCUCUCGCACGCUCUUCUCCGCAUCCGACGAUCUCACCGUCCGCAUAUGGGAUCUGGAUAGCAGACAGUGUAUUCGAGAAUUCACCGGUCACGUCGGCCAAGUGCAGCAAGUGGUGCCUAUGCCACCAGAGUUCAACCUGGACGAUAUUGUUCUUACUCCGAACGACAAGGAUGACGAUACUAGUAGUAUCAGUUCCGUUACCAUUGCUCCUUCGCAUAGAGAACACAAUCAUCACAACCUGGACGCAGCCCCCCAGUUCUGGCCACAUGAUGAGGACAGAGCAGCACCACCGCGAUACAUGAUCACUGGCGCUUUAGACUCGACCAUUCGUCUGUGGGACACUCACUUCAAGACCGCAGGUUUUGGGCAGGAGGGUACGUCGGAUUGUGGUCAAGUCGGCUCUUCUAUCCUUCCUACGGAUCCGCUCACCAAUUCUCACUUUCCCCGCGCUCAGGCGUGCAUUCGCACGUUCUUUGGACACGUGGAAGGCAUCUGGGCAUUGUCAGCCGACCACCUCAGACUCAUCUCGGGCAGUGAGGAUAAGAUGAUGAAAGUCUGGGACCCGCGCACCGGCAAAUGUGACAGGACCUUUACUGGCCAUCAGGGACCCAUUACGUGCUCAUGGUUGUCAGACAGUAGAGUUGCGAGUGGAAGUGAGGAUUGCGAGGUUAGAAUGCUCUGCUUUGGAGAUGAGCGGCGUGCCGCAAAUGGAGUUGCCGAGAAGAAGUGAAAAAAAAAGAAAAAGAAAACCUCUGAAUUUUGUUUGGUUCGUCGCGAUGAUACGAAAUGGGCAAAUGGGACUUAGCGUAGGUGUUUUGGUGCGCAGUAAGCACCCCUGAACGCCACGGCUGGGCUGGGAGGUCUGAAUGGAUUCUGGGAUUCGCGUUUUGUGGCGUCUUUAUCGAGGCUCUACUUGCUGUUAUCAUCAUCUGUCUGUCGGCCACUAUUUUAUGGACGGACAGAUUGAGAAAGCUAUUAUAAGGUAUUCUCAAUGUACAGCUUUAUUUUCAAUUGCAGCGCCCAAAUGGGAAGGCAGUUAUAUUCUUGGCAUUCUCGGUCAUCUCCGAUAACAGGCAUACAUGGUUUGUCAC